CCCAAGACUUGGCAAACGUUCCUGGGAACGCCACUCCUCGCAAUCCAAAACUAACUUGGAUUGGUCUGAAGACGUUUACUGUCGCUAGGUUUUAGCUAUCCUAAUGCAUUGGAUAGGGUCAGUGCAGAGGGCUUCUGAGGAGACCCUCUCGCUUCCACCGCCACCACCACGGAAGCUCCCUUUCUACUCGAACCCUAUGUGCUGAAGUCGGCAUUAUUGCAGUACGAACUCACGAGUCAAAUUUACUGGUGAGCCAGAUCUUGUUCCUGGAAAAUAUUCACAAGAAAAAACCAUCUUUACCCUAGCUGUCUGUGGACUGCAGAGAUGUCCGGUACACACCUCUUCCUUUGUGCAGGUCAUCAGCCCUAUGACCGUGAUGACCGUCUGCCCAACCAAUCGCUAUUGCCCAACGAACAAGAUCGUUGUCUAUCUGGCUUUUUCCUGAGCCUAUUUGCAUUGCUUGCGCUGUCAGUGACCCAACCGGUCAGCGUAGCAGUAGAAAAGAAGGCAAGCUGCAGGCCUGCGCAAAAUGGAGAAGGUCAGCCGAGCGAAGAGACCAAGGGUGACGCUGGGGGAAUGGAGUUCAACCCGCUCGGGUGUCAACCACACCACAACCAAGGUGCAUCGCGUGAAGACGCAACUCAUGUGACGCGUUCGAAUCCAACGAAGGAAACUGCGCUCAGAUCAGCAGUAGAGAUACGUCCGCAGCAAGCUCUUAUCAUUGACUUGGAGAUCAUCAAGAAGACAGUUUACAACCGUGAGCGUGUCUCACUGCGUACCAAGAUCCAGUCAAGGUCCUUGAGGUGUGACUUGCCGCUACCAUCAAGCAACACGCUGGGCAAUAACAGAGGCGUGUUCCGUAUUUGUGUCGCUCACACUGCCGAUAAGGUUCGCACGGUGGGUGUCCGGGGUAACAUCGCCCAGAGGCAAGGACACGCCACAAGACCAUUGGAUGCACAGUGGCAAGUCGAUCCUGAUUACAUCGGAGGAGUGGUCGUGACGGAAAUCUCCAUCUUACCAUCAGAUGAUGGGAGCGGUCACUUGGCAGUUUCCGUUGAUGGUGAAAUCAUCUCACAAGCACAGUUUUACACUGAUGUCAGCAGCGCUACUGCAUCUAGGUGGCAUAAACAAUCUGCUCCGGAUGUUUCCUUGCUGGAGCCUCCCGGCGUACACUUGAGAUCCAGACCUAGUUGUUGCCAUGGUACCCAGGAUGAACACCGUACUGAUCAGGCACAGUCACAGGAACAGCAGUAUGAGAAGAAUAACGCAUGCCCAUCGACUCCAAAAUGCACCGACUGAUCCGACAUAGGUCUAGUUGCAUAAAAGCAGAGCUCCUCUGGAUGCAGAUCAAGGCCACGACGAAUUCAUUUCCUUAUUUGCCCAGGAGACAGCUGUAUUCAUGAAGGCUCAUUGUCAACACUGUUAUUAUUUUUAAGAUUUAGAAAAUCUCGCUUUACGAUACUUGAAUCGAUUAUAAUCAGAAUAAAUAUUAUAGUGGAUCUAGCAAUGGAGCUUGUUUCCUAUUCUGGUAAUGUUACAUUCACAUGUAGGUGCACCUAUGUAAUUCAGGACAGACACAGUAAUCUUUUCCGUGUAACCCAUUACCGGCAUAAGAAAAAUAGAGAAGAUUUGCGUUGUUGUCCCCCCCCCCCUCCCAUCCCCACAUACAUACACUCCAAAAAUCAAGUCAAGCUGCAGAUGCAGACGCAUAAUAUUAAUGGUAGGAUGAGGGCAUAAAAUCCCUAGGAAAAUAUGAAUGCACUGCUGCUAUUAUACAUUUCUAAGAAAUUCACUGAAAGAUGGAAAUUCUGGCUACAAUUA